UUUGCCAUUUUGUCUCUUUGGAGGAUGGCCGCUGGUAACUCACCUUAUCCAUCAUUACCAAGUUCCGCUCGGUUGCAGUUCGACGUUCCUUCCCAGUUAUUCAAGAUGGCGCGUGGGGAACGGCAAAGUUGGAGAAAAAUAAUAUCAAGGAAACUUGAAGCGAGGGAUCGAGUGGAGUGGCAUUGCUUUAGAGAUAUCAUCAGGGAACACAACAAGUUAUUUGAAAAUGCCGAUACUGCAAAAUCAAGAGUUGUUCAGUUGGAAGUACAAGUUGCUCAAAUUCAACAGGAAAAACUUGAGCUUCAUAGACGUGCUCAAGAAUCAAGUUCAGUUAGAGGAGGGGCUGGGGUUGUUGUUGGAGGAUCAGAAAAAGUAGCUUCCUUGGAGCAGAAGUUGUUCAAAUUACAAGAGGAACUGACGGAGCUCCACCGUCAGAAAGGAGAGAAUGCGCAGAAACUAAUGGAGCUCAACAAUACAUUGCGACAAAAGGAGCAAGAACUAUUAGCUAAGGAGGGAGAAUUGCAUGACUUAUCAAACAAUUUAGAAGAAGUUGACAGGGCAAGGCAGAGACUGGAGCAAACAGUUACAGAAUUGGAGGCAGCAAAACAGAUGGUAAAAGAUGAACACCAAGCAUUACAUCUUGCCUACGUAACAUUGGAUGAAAAAUAUAGGAAAGUACAAGCAGAGAAUGAAGAUCUUGUAACAAGGUGGAUGGCACAGAAAGCAAAAGAUGCAGAUAAAGUAAAUGCUGAAAAUGAAUUACAGUUGAGAAUACGACAUGAAAAGCAAAAAAAUCUACUAAUUGAUGCAGCAAAAGAACCAGUAGUUGUAAAUAUACCAAGUUCUGAUCAGCCAGGCAUACCUUUCUGUGCAAUAGUAUCUAUCCCUUCAUUUCCUGAUAAAAAAUUUGAUGCACAUGAGGGUGAAGUAAAUUCUGCCAGAUUCAGUAUUUCAGGAAGAUUAUUUGUAACAGGUGGUGCAGACAGAAAAGUUAAUGUCUGGGAACAAGUAAAUGGAAAUUAUACAAUAAAAGGAGUUAUGCAUGGUUGUAAUGCUGGUGUGAUGUCAGUACAAACUGACCCUCAGGAAAAACUUGUCCUGGCAGGUUCUCAUGAAGGAACUUGUAGAGUAUGGACUCUUGCCGAUCAGAGACUUCGACACACCCUCACAGGACAUUCGCAAAAGGUCAUGGCAGCCAAAUUUUUUGGAGCAGCAACUAAAGUUGUUUCUGGAGGCCAUGACAGAACAUUGAAAAUCUGGGAUCUUAGAAGUAAAGCAUGCACACGAACAAUUUUUGCUGGUUCGAGCUGUAAUGACAUAGUAAUCAAUGAAGGAUUUGGUUCACAAGUGGUAAGUGGUCACUUGGACAAGACUGUCAGGUUUUGGGAUGUCAGAUCUGACAAUCAAUCAAGUGUUGGAGAAAUCACACUACAAGGGAAAAUAACAUCAUUAGAUUUAUCCCCAGACAUGAACUACAUGUUGGCAAGUGCAAGGGAUGACACAGUUAAAUUGCUCGAUUUGAGAAUGAACCAGGUUAUGUCAACAUGUAGUGCGGACGGUUUUAAAGUUGCAGUGGAUUACACAAGGGCAUCAUUCAGUCCUGAUGGCCAGUAUGUCAUAUGUGGCUCAAGUGAUGGUAGUAUUUUUGUAUGGAAUGUAGCCUCUGCAAAACUAGAAAAGGUUCUUAAAGAACACAGUUCCUCAGUGGUUGUGUGUGCCUGGCAUCCUGAUGGAUCAAGUCUAAUCAGCUGUGAUCGUAACAAGCGUGCAAUCAUCUGGACAAACAGAUACUGAAAUCACUCUCAAACUGGAUGGCAUAGCCAUUAGCUCAGUAUUGAGUUACAAUGCACGCCAUUUGUAAUAAGUGCCAACAGUGCCAUAAGUAACUGAAAUAAAUGAAAUGGCAAGCUUCAAAAACUUAAUACAUCCUGUUUUGAAGAAGAAUUCUCUGGAAAAUUGUUGUGUAUCUAAAAGAGACAUAUUAAGUUAGAGAGGUCUUAAAACAACAGCACUUUUAGAUAUAAGUAGCAUGUUGUAAAAUAAUGUGUCUUCUUACUAAAUAUAAAAGUUACACAUGUCACUCAACACAUAUUUUUGAAGGGUCAAAAUUCAUUAAAAAGUGUAUAGGCUUUCUUUAACUGCAUUUCUCCUUUCAAAAAUAUCUAGUAAGAAUAAACAUGUUCAGUUAUAAUUCUAAUCCUUUUGUUUAAUAUGUAGUUUAAAUACCAAAAAGGUGUUUGUUUAUUUGCAGGCAAAGAACUUUGGUUUUUGUGAGUAAGGAAUUUGAAGUCAACCAACACAUAC